AACACUCGUUAUGUUAUUCUGGGUCAUGACCUAUUUGGCGGAAAUGGUUCGUUUGAGAACCAGUGUCCAUAUCGCUCUAGCAAACGCUGAACUCAUUUCUUCUUACCCAUUCUUGGUGGCAGUUACCAAUUUAUCUCGGGAAUCAGUAUUUUGGUCUAUAUGAUAGUUUGGGGAACACGUACAGAACAGAUGAACGAACAUAGGACAAGGGGAAAUUUCAUAGGGAUGACCUCAAUUUCUUAUAUAGGGCCUACUCGUGCAUGCAUAUCAAUGCAAGCACAAGCAAUUGACUUUAGAGGCUACCUGCAGGGAUGACAAGAUAAACAGACACCCAUACCACGUAUUCGCAACUUGAUUUUUAUACCAGACUAGACAGGGGUGGCUCAGCCUCAGCUAGACGUAAGUGAGUGGAACAAGAACUUCCAGGUGCUCUACAUACAUGGUUUCACACAUCAUGCAGUUUUCAAACAAACAAGACAGCUAGAAAAAUCAUAAAUUUUGAAUAAUGAUAGGGGAACACAGUGAAGCAUGGAUUACUAUUGCCUCGUGUUUCCUUAAGAAUAGGCAGGUUUCGAAACCCUUAGGAAGAGCUACGAACAACGAAGUACUUAGUAUGUAAAUGUACUUUAUUGACGACUUUUUUCGAAAGUUUCCCCGAUUUCUGGUACAAAUUAGUACAAAAGAUAAUUUACGAGUGUCGCGUAAAUGAAUAAGCGCAUGGUUUGAUGACAGGACAGACAUUCGUCGUGCGUACUUCGUCGAUUGUACUUCGUCGUGUGUACUUCGUCGUUCGUAGGGGUUGCGAAACCUGCCUAAUAAUGGAAAACACUGAUUCCGAAACAGAAACACUCAUUCGAGAAAAACAUCACACUGCUCAAAGGAUUUGGGUUUGACUGUCAUUGGUGACAGAUGGCGUCCUUUAGUUACGAGAGACUCGGUGAAAGCAACGAAAGUACCAGCUUUUCUAGAAACAAGAAUCGGCGUGACUCUCUUAGACGGUCAUAUGGAGCCAACGACCAAACACGGCAUCAUGGAAGUGAAACUGACCAGCAAAUCAGUCUUGCGGAUUCGAGGAGACCGUGUCAACGUAUCGGCUUUGACCGUUCCAUUGGAAUGUUGUGCAUCGUGCUGCACGAAAGUUGCUAUUCUGCUGCAUUCUACAUGCUGGUCCCAGGCUUGUACUACAUGAGGGAUGGAGGCCCCCUGAAGUACACCGACAACCAGGCCGCGGCUAUCAUAUUAGUGUUUACAGGUUUUGCUUUCUUCCUACCGCUGAUUGGUGGAAUUAUUGGAGACAUCGCCCUUGGGCGUUACAAGGCAAUUUUAUAUGGAGCCGUCAUGCAAUUCCUCGGAAUGGUCAUUCUACUGAUCUAUGCCAUUCUAGUGUAUGUUGAUAACACUGGAGCCGGACCGCAACUUUCAAUUCCGGUGGCUAAGUUCCUCUUCAUAACCUCACUGUGCCUAAUAGCUCUUGGUUUGGGAUUCAACAAGGCCAAUGUGACUAUAUUCGGAGCAGGACAGCUGUACGACACCACCUUCAGCGCGCAAAAGAUCCAGUCGUACUACAGAUGGUACAUGUUUGCUAUCAACCUCGGAAGGCUGUUAGCUUUCUGCCCUAUUUCCAUGUUUCUGCUGAAUUACGUACCAGUACCACCCAAGACAUCGCAUAACACCUCAACAGUUGAACCUACAGCUGGAACAUAUCACAAGGACAUUUUGGCGAUUGUAGCGAAUGUUAUCCAAGUUGUAUUUGUGGGAGCAGGCAUUUUUAUUUUCAUGAUUGGGAAGGCUAGGUACAAGAUGAUAAAACCGUCUGGGGGAAACCACAUGUAUUAUAUCUUCUGUUUCACUCGACAUGACCGCAGGAUGAACGAACUUGCGGCAUACAACAGUGUACACAAGGAGUACAGGGACCAAAUGAAUAUUUACAAACGGGCAAUUUUCCGGCUUACCCUUAUCAUGGCCGCAUUGAUUUCCUUGUACGCCAUAUAUGAGGCUGUUGCUUAUCAGAAAAUUUCAAUAUUUAUGCUACAGUUCAUAGAGCUGUCACAACCAAUUGGCAUUACCGUUCACCUACCCUUGCCCUUCAUGAACGCUUUUUCAUGCCUGGUCGUAGUUUUCUCGGUGCCACUAUUGGAAUGCCUCGCAAGCAAGCAACAGUCGGCUGAUGACGUCCCGGAGGCGGAAAUAGACGACGUGAUUGCACAAUGGGCAAAAGAUGACGGAACCGGAAAUAAAAAGCCUUCCUCGGUCAUGCGCCGAGCCAGCAUUAGCAAGUAUUUUGGAUCAAGAACAAGAAACUUCAGUAGCAUUUCAGGUGGAUUUAAUGCAGAUGCGCUCAAUGAACAGCUCAGGCGACAAAUCGCAGAGGAUAUUUCUAUAACGAAACACAGACGUGACCUUUUGGUUCGAAUGGGAAUUGGUCUCAUUUGCGCUGCUAUUGUUGCUCUUUGUGCUGGGAUUCUCGAGACUAUGCGCAAGAAAUACACGUUAUCUGUCUUUUGCCAGGUACCACAAUAUGUUAUAAUGGGGAUAGGAGAAGUCGCCGAAAUAUCUGCCUAUGAGUUCGCCAGUACCGAAAGUUUACCUGGACUGCAAGGGUUCACGAUUGGCAUGUUCAUAUCGACUUACGGUCUUGGGUGUUUUAUUGCAUAUUUCUGUUAUGUAGCGGAAUCAGGCUCGUUAAUUGAUCUCAAAGACCUGAACGAUAUCCAAAUGGAGGAUGUCUACUUCGGGCAUUCCGUCUUGAUGAUACUGGUCACUCUGGCCUUCACCAUCCUGGCAAGGCAGUACCUAAUUGAACACAAAUGCAGAUUGGAGGAGCCGAAAUGUCCUUACAGUGCAGAUACGGAAGAAGGAAAUUUCGCCUAACAUGGCUAAUGAAGACAGCUGUGCAGUUAUAUACUCUAAAACCUCGAAUACAGGGAAUGAGGCUCCGCCCCCCUUUAAUACAAUGGAGGAGGGAAAAAAAGGAGGAGGGGAAAACCACAAUAUCUAUUCUAAAGAAACGACACAAUGGGUCUCUUUUAUUAGAAGAAAUGGGCCUACUAUAACAAGUGAUGUUGAUUUCGUUUCACUGUCAAUGUCGGCCAAGAUAAGAGUGUGAUCAUAACACAUGCGACUCCAGUGGCCAAUGCCAUCUAUAAAAGAAUAAUGCCUGACUUAUUGGCCCAUCCCAAUUCAAAACCAUUGUUAUGAUUGGGGCGAAUGCUUCGUUCCUUGUAUUGGAGGUUUUAGAGUAUAUUUGGAUGUAGCUUGAAUUGCUUGAAAUACAUGUAACUUGAGCACAGGCUUGAGGCGAUUCAAACUACUUAAACAUCACAUUCAGCGUAUGGGAAAGAUUUCACUGAAUUCCUAUUGCACCAAAUUUAAAGUUUAUAGCUUCAGCGGUUAAGAAACGUGCCAUAGUUACACUCAAAUGACCAAUUUACGCCAUUUGACCUAUGUGACCUUGAAAAUUAAGUCAAAUCAAAAACCCUUAUUAUAUGUGAUGUAUCCUUGCAAGGAAAACCUACCAUAAAUAUUUUAUCAAAAACGAGUCACUCAUGAGAGAGAUAUCACACUUUAUAUGUUUUAACGUCUGGACCCCUCGUGGCCAAGUCAAGAAUCAGAUCGGAUUGAAAUUCGGUGUUCGAGGUUGCAUAACAUAGGGAGUCAAGUAUACAUGUCAAGGACCCGUCAAAGCCAAAAGGAGCCUCACUGUUAGGAAAUCGAUUUCACUUUUGUUGAUGUGUACUCGCAAUAAUGUUAAUUGAAAAUUAGAGAAUGAUAACGCCAUUAGCGUUUCAAGUGGUAUACUUUUUGUCUCCGAAAUCGUCAAGAGCACAGUCUGUGUAAAAAGUGCAAAAAUAGUCCAUCGGCUUGUGUAUGCAAAAAUGGCUUUAUAUGCGUCUUUCGGGUACAGUAGUUGAACAUUUGAGGAGUUGUCAGAAAUGACCUUAGAAGUUAAAAAUCGCCAUUUGAUUGAUUGGGUUCAAAAAGUUUGUUAUAGGCGUUGAAAUCGAGCAUUUAUCUAUUACAAUACUCGAGAUAUAGUUUGAAGCGUAUUUUUCGAGAUAGACCCAAAAACCUAGGGGUAGGCGUUAUAAUUAGAUUCCUAUCUGCUGUAGAUUUCGAGAUCAAGGCAAAAACGUGUCACUUUUGGCGACCAUUUUGAAAUUCAAGAUUGCCGCCAAAAUUUUGAUGGUGGCAUUUGAUUGGAUGGAUUAAGAAAGCUGGGUACAGGAUUUAUCUAUCAUAAUACUUGAGAUAUAAGUGAAAACUUUUGGGGGGCUACCACCUUGAAAUCCAAUAUAGCGGCCACCUGGCCUCGAUUUCGAUGAAUUCAUUCGAUUCGGCAAACCCAAAAACCUGGGGGUAGGCGUUGGAAUUAUGUGACUAACUGCAGUAGAAUUCGAGAUAUAGGCGAAAAAGUGUCAUUUUUGGCGACAAUUUUGAAAAACAAACAUUUCGGCAACAUGCAGUUUUUAACUUCUAAGGUCAUUUCUAACAACUCCAGAAAUUUCCUACUACUGUACCCGCAAGACCCAUAUAAAUUACAUAAGCCAACGGACUAAAAUGUCCAUGACUUUAUUAAAUUUGUCAACUUGAAUAAACUCUGAUUGUAAUAGCCUAAGACCAUUAUGAGCUCCCACUAGGUACCAAUGUGUAACCACUAUUGGCCAGUUACGGGCCACUCUCUGUAAUGUAAGCAAGCGAGUGGUUGAUGUCUCGAUGUAUGAAAUAGUCGAUUGGUAGUUUCCUUCAAUAACUCUACGCUUUUACUAUGUUUAUGUUAUAUCGGGUGGAUAAAAAACCACCCCGAGAUUUAAGGGUUAUUAACUACGAAGAUAAUAUCCAGUCUAUGGCAAUGAGAUUAAGUGAGUAGUAAGUCCUGACUGUUCUUUACAUCGUUCUCAAUUCUGCUUAAGGUUGGGGUUCACAUACAGCCAGCACUUUUGACAAGGGCCGAUCCUCUGAACUAGUGCUUACUUCACGCCAUUUAGAUGCAAAUUAAUUCUCUUCGUGGCGCAGAUAUAAGGUAAAAUAGGGUAAUUAUAGACCCGGUCUAAUUGCAGCCCCUGACUAGGUUUCAGAUAACCAUGGAAUGAUUCAGUCAACCCAAGCAUGGAUAUGAAAGAGGCGACUCUUGAGUAUCACAACAUAAAUAGUUUUGGAUUAUGCAACAUGUUAUGUAAAAGCUAUGGCUAUAAGAAAUAAAAAAAUCAGACACAUGCACACAAAAAGUUGGGAUCGAACUUUUUGCAGGUAUGAAUUUUCCACACUUACAGAGCAUUGAUAAGUUUGAAACUUGGUUCAGGUCACGCACCUGUAUGAAACCAAUCAGCACGCGGUCAUUCACGAAAAUAGUUUCGUUUGAGAUCAAUGCGUGGUCUCACCAUAUCAGUUGAAUAAUAUUUUCGAUUUAAGAUAUAAUUUUUCUAAAGAUUAGAAUAAGGUGUGUUUAAAAUGAAGAAAAUGAUGAAGUUUCAGUCCAAUUGGCUUACUUAUGUGGUUUUGAGGCUCCAUUCAACCCAUCGUGGUGAAAAAGCUGACUCGCCGGUUAAAAGCCGUCAAAAAUCCCCCCCUAACUUCAGACCCCCCCCCCCCCCCAAACCCUGAAAUUAUCAUGCAUAACGUGCAACGAAAAUGUCAUGGUUUGACAGGCUAGGAUAGGUCUAUUUGGCUUUGAAAGCGUUCCUCCCGGAUUACGUCUCGGAAAAAGUUAUGAGCAUGUAGAAAGUACGGUUUUAAAGGGAAAACAGCUUAAAACUGUAUUACGGGUACGUGGAUUCAGGUGAUCAGUAUUGAGUGUAGAGAAUGUUUUAUGCGGCAUUUGAUGUCACUAUUAAAAGUAAUUUUUUCAGAGACACUGUUCUGACCAAGGUACCUUCGGGGUAUUUGUAGCCCGUUGGUUCGGGGUAUUUGUAGCCCCUAUAAAUAGCUCAAUAUCUCCUGUUAUGAAUCAUGAAGAUGCUAGGUUUCUUUAUUCUUAUAACUGAAUUAUAUGUUUUGAUCAUAAAUCUAUCUGAUUUAGAUACAAUAGAUACAAUGGUAACCCUUUAUGUACCAUCAAUGAUAUAUUUGAAGUUUCAUACUAGUUUAUCUAACAUUAUUUCGAAAUAAAAUAUUUUCAAAGUUACUGGUGUCUCUAGUUAAAACCACACCAUUGACUAGAUAGCAGCAUUUCUCAUUGCACAUGUACAUUGCAUUACCAUUCAGUGAUGCCAGCUAUAAUUGGGUUUGAUACAUGACCCAUCCCUGAAACUUAAGUUUUUAACGGCGUACGACGAGACCGUCAGUCAAUUCAGAAUACCACAAGCUGUUGUCUGACACAAGGUGUAAUUACAACAGAGGCGAUAAAUAUUUCUACACCAAUUUAAGAUCAGUUUGAUUUGCGACGAUAUUGUUUAAAUUGUUGGUAAGUGAUUGCAUCGAACAUCACUUAAUGUGUUCAAUAAAUACCGUUUGAUACCAGCAAAAUCACGUCGUCAACCUAGAUUGUAACAAUAUUAAAUGUUCUAUUACCAAUAAAGACCAUACACCUAACAAAAAGGGUUCUUAUGCAUAAAAAACAAGUUACUUGAGGGGCUACAAUUAACCCAAAUCCACGGAGUAAUUGUAGCCCCCGACCACAAGUCUGUUGUGUCUCAGAAGCAUUAUUGGAAGAUGUCCCACUACAAGAUCCAGGCCGGUUUUUGUGAAUCUGCCGGGAAAUCUCCUGCCUAACCUAAGUUGUAGGUGAAAAGGGGCUACAAUAACCCCAUUUUACCUUACUCUUUUCAAAAAUGUAUUUUAAUGUAGUUGUCGACUUUCAUGGUCGGUCAGUCAGAGAUAGGCCCAUUGAUCGGGUUCGCAAUAUUGACCACAUGAUAUCCGAACAGCUUUUUAGGUCGUGGCGGGAAUGAAGUGAAUAUCAAUAACAAAGCUGUAACUGGCGAGUUUUGUUACGAGUUUUCUCUUUUAUGGAUGGAUAUAUUUGAAAAAUUAUUUUUGUACAAUAUAGCCAUCAAUGCAUAGAUGCUAACGAUCGCUUUUUAAAAAAUAUUUGGCCAGAAACGGGCAAUAUUCCAAAAAGAAUGUAAGGCAUUAAUUUAUUGUUUAUACCAAUUAAAUGGAAUGUAUUUUUAGAAAAAACAUAUCGUUAGCACCUGCACGCACCAUGCCUCGAUGUGAGAGUUCAAAUCUGAAUAUGUCGCAUCGUAAAGUCUGCAUGACUCUUCAAAACUCAAAUUAUGACCUCUAGUCAAAAGCUGAUUAACUCUAUUCUGACCGGUCAAAAUUGAUUUUUUUUCUUAUGCAGAGUGGGAAGAUAAAGGUCGGAACUAUAACAUCCAUUAAAAUAAAUGGGUGCUCUUUUGUGAUCAAUAUGUUAUAGAUAUUUUUGUUUGAAGCGCACAAUAGAUGUGUCAUAGGUGAACCCCAGCCUUAAGAAUGGGCUUGAUAAUAAUAGAUUUAUGGCAAAAUUAAAAUGUGGUGUCAAAAUAUGCAGUGUCCAAAUAUCACCAGAAUGACAUCGUCAAGACCAAAUGUCAUCCCAAAAUUCAGAGUGCUGUAUCUCAGAAGCCGCCUUGCCAAUCGUAAUGAAAAUUCAUGCCUUUUUUAUCCCUUCUUCCCCCGCAGCGUGUGUG